GUUUCAAUUCAUUUUUCGCAUUUUGCUUUUACCCUGAUUCAGUGGGUAUAAAAAGCAGUACUCGUGGUCCAGUAAAUCAUUCCACAGCUUCUCUGUCUUCGCAGCAGUUAACCACGGAUAACCACCAGCCCGCUUCCAAGUCUAGAGUCAUGGCCUUCAAGUUCCUCGCUGUUCUCGCCCUCGUUUCGGUCGUCAGUGGCGGAGUGCUUCCCGUCCAGCAGGUGUACCAUGCCGCCCCCGCUGUAGCUACCUACGCCCACGCCCCUGUCGCCGUUGCCCACGCCCAGCCGGUUCUGUCCAAGGCCGCCGAGGAGUACGAUCCUCAUCCCCAGUACAAGUUCGCCUACGAUGUCCAGGACUCGCUCUCCGGGGACUCGAAGAGCCAGGUGGAGGAACGUGAUGGCGACGUGGUCCAUGGCGAGUACUCCCUGAUCGAUUCCGAUGGCUUCAAGCGCAUUGUUCAGUACACCUCCGACCCGGUCAACGGGUUCAACGCCGUCGUCAACCGCGUGCCCCUGGAUCACGUGAAGACCGUGGUGAAGACCGUGGCACCUGUGGCAGUGGCUGCUGCCCCUAUUCCAGUGGCCUACCAUCAGCACCACUAAGGAACUCUUUGUGAACUGUUUGUAAAUCAAAUA